CACAACAAAUGCAGUUCCUCUGAAAAUAACAUUGGCUCUGAGUUAUGAACCAUUUAUGGCAGAUACAGUUGAUAUAAAGUAUGCUGUGUUCCAGAACUCUGUUAUUUCAACUCUUAAUGGAAUAUUGAACCUUCUAGUGGUAGACAGAAUCCAGUUGUCAACAAUAUCCGCUUUAUCCACUGGAACAAAAUUACAUGUGACAAUCUUCCUGAAAACUUUAACUGACCCAGAUUUUGUGACCUUGAUUGCUAGAAGAGUCAAUGAGAGAAUAGACACUGUAGGGUGCAUAACUCUUGGUGGUAAAUGCAUCCCUUUGUUAAAGAAUACAGACAUCUUUGAUGGAACACAAGAAGUUCCAGUGGUAUGCAAGACUUGCUCAGAAAAUGCCACCUGUAUAACUGAUUCUCAGAGCUGGUGGAUAUGUGUGAUUGGAAGUACGACUGUAAUUUCCCCAACAACAACUGUGUCCACAACAACCAAAACAUCAACAGUUGCUGCAGUUUCAAGCACUCUCAGAAUAAUCACAGAGGACAAACAGAUACUCGUGGGGGUAGGGGUAGCAGUACCCCUGGGGGUCCUUUUUAGUACCUUAAUUAUUGUUCUUGGUGUACUCCUCUGCAGGAAGUGGCAUCACUGGAAAAUACAAAGGGAAAGAAUUCAGAACUACACUAUUAGCCCACAGUAUAGGAAUCCUGCAAACAGAGAUAGGGUGGCCUUUCAACAACCUAUAGGACCCAUUAGACCACCUCAUGCACAGAUAAGACCUACUCUACGCAAUGGUAUACCACCCAGCUACCCACAUAUCUAUCCUGUCUUGCACCACCUACAAGACAAUCGUCGAUCUGGACGCACAUUAAGAAAUAAGGACAAUUUUGCAUUACAACGUCCUUUGGUUGAUCAGAGACCCAGUCAAAUAUACAACUGAUUACUCCCAGGACUUGGAAAAAGGGAAAUGGUGAAUGGUGUACAUUUCGAAAUCAGUUCUUCAAGUUUUGAAUGUGCUCCUCAUUUGUGUCCAGGAAUCAAGCAUGAAUCAAAUUAAUCAUGAUUUAUCAUCUGUCAUCAUAUUUCUGUACAACUGUACCAUUCAUACUCAUCAGAGUGUAUAAUUAUAGUUUAGCAUAAAUUGUAAUAUUAUGUACAUACAUGUUGUUUGCAUUUUUAUGUUGUUUAUUUAAUGUCUCAAAUUGCUCAUGUUGAUUUAAGAUGUACUUUUGGGUCAUUUACA